AUCGCAUUGCACGCUCAGAGGGAUUCAAAUGUAACUUACGUGAGUCUUAUUGUCUUAGAUAUGGAGAUUGUUCAAUUUAACAUCGUUCUAGUUGCAAAAGUAGAGUUUCUUUCUGUUGGCGGUAGCGUGAAAGACAGGAUAGCAAAACGUAUGGUUGAGGAAGCGGAACGCCUUGGGAGAUUGGUCCCUGGCAAAUCCACUGUAAUAGAGGCGACAUCUGGAAACACUGGGAUCGGCUUGGGAUUGGCAUGCGCUAUUAAGGGCUACCCUUUAAUCAUCACUUUACCGGCCAAAAUGUCGUUGGAGAAGGAGGCUACUCUUAGGGCUCUGGGUGCCGAAAUCGUACGCACACCCACUGAAGCCGCAUGGGACUCGGAUGAAAGCCAUAUUG